GUGGGCAGGUGGAGGUCAGUCCAUGACUGGACCCGGAAAACACGCUGGAUUAAAUAAAAGACACGUUACAUUGACUAGCUGAUCGAAACAUUCGCAAGUAGAUCGAUAAUACUCAGAAAGGUAGAGUAUUUAGAUACGUUUUUUUAAAUUAUUUUUCUUAACUGGGUUAUCCUUACUUGGAAUAAAUUUGCUCAAGACACCCAUAGGAGCGGUCAGCAGUGCAGGGUUUAAAAAAGGUGCAGUAGAGCCAUGGGAUCGACCGGCCCUCCAAAAGGCUGCACUUCCAGUAUCAGCUCCAUCUACUACAACCUGUGUGACCUCACCACAGUGUGGGGGAUCGUAGUGGAGGCUGUGGCAGCUGCUGGUGUCGUCACCUCCUUCGUUCUCUUCAUCAUCCUCAUGGCCAGCUUACCGUUCGUGACAGACAAGAAGAGGAAGGCUAUGGUGGCCCUGCAGGCGGGAAUCCUAGCCUUUACUCUGGGACUCUUUGGACUCACGUUCGCCUUCAUUGUGGGCCGCUACUCCACCAGCUGUGCUGCACGGAGGUUCCUCUUUGGAGUUCUGUUCUCAGGGUGCCUGUCCAGCCUGAUGAUGCACGGGCUGUGGCUUGCUCUGCUUCAGCGGGGCCGGAUGCCCAAAUGCUGGAUGUUCUGCUUGGGCGCGCUCGCCCUUUGGAUGGUGGAGGUGAUCAUCAAUACUGAGUGGCUCAUCACCACCGUGGUCAGGAGCCCACCUGGAGGGGACUUUGCCCCUGAUCUGUCCUGCAGCUUUACCAACCUGGACUUUGUGAUGGCUCUGAUCUACGUCAUGGUCCUGCUGGUUGCUGUGGUAGUGAUGUCUGUGCCCGUGGUGAUACACAAGCAAAAGCAGUGGCGGCAAGAUGGCGCUUUCAUUCUGGUCACGGGGCUCCUCAGCUUGGCCAUCUGGGUGACUUGGAUUGUCAUGUACCUCUAUGGGAACCAAGUGGUCGGAAGUCCCAGCUGGGAUGAUCCCACUCUGGCCAUAGCUUUGGUCUCCAAUGCCUGGGUGUUCCUCGUCUUCUACAGCAUCCCAGAGUUACACUUACUGACCAAGCAGGACCAAGACCAGGAGCCGCUGGAUGAUGGAGAUCAUGUUUACCCAGCCAGAAGCUUGGUGUAUGACAACAUCCUGAAGGAGCCGGAGACACGCCCUCAGAACAUGUACAUAGAAAACAAAGCCUUCUCUAUGGAUGAGCCUACAGUGUCCAUAAGGCCUGAGUCUCCCUACGGCUCUUAUAACGGUCAGAUGCGAAGCUGCGUGUACCAGCCCACUGAAAUAGCACUGAUGGCUAAGGGUCUAACAAGGAUGGACCAAGACGUGAUUCUCCCCAGAGCCAGAACCCCGACCCUGAAUCCAGGAAGUGUCGGCUCCCUGCCGCGUUCACCCGUGUCUUUACCUUCUUAAGGACUGUCACAUGCAGGCAGUAUGUUUCAAGAGUUGACCAACACUUAAAGCCAUGAGAUUAAGCUCCAACAGGGCUUUGCUGCACUCAGAGUUCCUAGUGUGUUUGUUAACGUAGCCCCAGUUGUUGUGCUUUAGCUCCUCUGUUUUCAUUUCUAUUCUCAGCAAAGUCCUAACAGUUGAUGUUCUCUCUAGUCCAAGAGAAACUGCAGCAUGUUUGCAUCUUUCACAUUUCUUGACUUUCUGGUGAGGUAAAAGACUUAAAAUUGUUUGCCUUUCACAUUUCUGCAAAACUCAAAUCACAACUGGAAACAAUCUCUAAAAUCUAACUGACCUUCUUCAUGUUGAUGACAGAGAAACUGUAGACUAGAUUAGGCACAAAUAGCAAAGGUUUAUAAUUUGACUUUUAUGUUAAUUUUUACUCACAACAUUGAGAGAUCCCAUGUGUUCUCAAUGAUGUAAUGUGAUUGUUUUGAAUCUUUUUGCCUUUAAAUUACCUUUUCAUUAAGAUUUCCACUGACAGCCAUACAAUUUUGUAGUGUUUUGGAUUUACAGAAAUAUCAUUUUAUGUAAAGUUGUAAAAUUUUAACUUAUUAAACA